AUAAUCACGAUGAUGACGAGGAUAUUGUUAGCAAUUUUGCUAGCAUUUAUUGCUAACAGUGUUUCUGCCGGAGAUGUCUAUUAUCAUCCGAAAGUGGUAUCAUCAGGUGGAUGUGCUUCCUAUACAUGUGGAACAAAUGCUAAAUGUUCAAUGACUGAUGGUCGACCUGUCUGCUCGUGUUUAAAUCUACAUAUGGGUGACCCUUUGAUUCAUUGUCAUAAAGUUGAAUGCAUAAUUCCUGAAGACUGUCCAAGUCACAAGACUUGUAUCAAAAAUCACUGCUCUAAUCCUUGCGCUGGUCUUUGUGGUGUAAACGCGAAUUGUGAAGUUAGAAAUCACGUUCCAACGUGUUCUUGUCCAGAUGGAUAUGCUGGAAAUCCAUUCCAAGCUUGCCAUGUCGCCGAUCCACAGGCGGCUUGCAAACCGAGUCCUUGUGGAGCAAACACACGUUGUGAGGUAAUCAACGGAAUCCCAACAUGUUCAUGUCUCCCAGGGUACCGAGGUUCACCACUGAAUGGAUGUCGCCAUGAGUGUGAAAGUGAUGCUGAAUGUGCCAAUCAUCUUGCUUGCUCAUCGAACUUUAGAUGCGAAAGUCCUUGCAAGUGCGGUGAUGGAGCAAACUGUGAUGUGAUCAAUCAUCAAGCCAAGUGCUCAUGUCCAAAAAAUUGGUUAGGAAAUCCAUACACUAGAUGUUACCCUGAAUGUACUGCUCACUCCGAUUGUCCAAGAAAUAAACCAGCAUGUUAUUAUCAAAAAUGUAGUAACCCAUGUGAAGGAGCCUGUGGAGUCAAUGCCAACUGUGAACUUAAAGGUAUCACUGCGGUAUGUAGUUGUCCAAAACACAUGACUGGAGAUCCAUUCAAAUUUUGUCGACCAUUUGAACCUGAGGAUCUCUGCAGACCAAAUCCUUGCGGUGAAAAUGCGAUUUGUACACCUGGACAUGACAACCAUGGAAAAGAGAGACCAGUAUGUACUUGUCCUACUGGAUAUACUGGAGAUGCUUUGACUUAUUGUCGUAAGGGUGAAUGUCAAGUUGACAGUGAGUGCCCCGACAAUCGAGCUUGCAUUGAUUAUUACUGUCAAAAUCCGUGCACAGGAAAAGAGUGUGCACCAACCGCAAGAUGCGAAGCCCGACGUCAUAUUGCAGUCUGUACCUGUGAAGAUGGAACGCGAGGGGAUGCACUUAUUGGCUGCAACACUAUUCAUUCUCACGUCAAUGGAUAUGGAAGAUAUUUAAAUGGAAAAUGA